AUGCCUCCGAGACUACCAAUUUUUCCGGCGGUGCACCGGUGUGCGGACGUGUCUAUUGCGUCUGUUGUGCAGCGGUUUUCAGCGGUGUCGCUGUCGACCAGCGCGUACCGGGCAGCUCCGCCGCGGAAGAGUCCGCUGGCCUCGAGCGGGGCGUCGUUUCUGGACCUGGACGGUGAGCCGGCACGAGGGCCGGGAUCGACGGCGGUUCCGGGCCGGAGCCGAAUGGCCGGCAGCAGCAGCAGCAACAACAGCAACAACAGCAAUGGGUAUGCGCCGACGAGCGCGAGCGGGGAUAUGACGAGCUCCAACGCGGCGCUGAGCCGGGUGCUCUUUGACAGCGGCAUGCGGCGGCGGAUGAACGACCGGCGGGAGGAGCAGAGCCGGUCGACGCUGGAGCGGAUGGCAGAGCGCAAGGUCAGCGAGGACUAUGCGCGACAGAUGCCACGGCGCUGGCGGGCAGGUGACGUGUAUGCGCCGCACGAUCUGAGCGCGGCCGAGAUGGCCAAGUGGCGGCGGCCGUCGCGCACGACGGCCGACGUGGUCGACAUCCUCGGCAUCAACCCGCUCGAUGAAUACCGCAACUUUGCCAUGGUCUCCGAGUUUGUCAGCACAAUGGGCCGCAUCAAGCACAGCCGCGAGACCGGCCUGCGUGCCGUCAACCAGCGCCGCAUGGCCCGCGCCAUCCGCCGCGCCAUCGGCCUCGGCAUCCAUCCCAGCGUCCACCGCCAUCCCGAGAUUCUCACGUCCGAGAUCGCCAACAUGCCCAAGCAGAGCUACGCCUCGUACGACAGCCGCCAGCGGCGGUAG